AUGGUGUCGACAAUCUCUGAUGCUGAGCAGCAGGAUUCGCUGCACAACUUCACUUUCCCUGGCCAUCAAGUUCCCCUACGUGACGAGCGAGCCCCGUCGGCUUCAGGAGAAUCCACGGGCAAUGCCAUAUGGAUCUCCGAUGAUGACUCCUCUGACACAGAAGAUGAGGACGACGUUGAGGAUCAUGAUCUCAACGGGUCGCAAUCAGGCUGCACAACACCUACGACGGCUAGCGUCGUAGAUCAUUUGAAUAGCAUGUGCACCAAACACAGUGAGACUGAGACUGAUGCUGCCGUCCGUAUGGGUGUUACGGCAGUUUUACCUCCAGCUCGACUGGAGGGUGUCCAAAUCUUGUCACACGAAUCACAAAUGGACUUGUCCAGUGAUCCCGAAUCGAACCAGCAAGCCCUCCCCUCGACGACUUGCACACCCACUGGAGACAUAACGGCUGGUGCAGAUACUGCCUCUGACAUCUCGUCAAUUGGACCCGAAACCCAGGCAUCCCUGGGUGCAUCAGACGGAGAGCUUGUGACCAAACCUACUGGAGCCACCAGCGAGCUUGACGUGAUGACCGUUGCUCUCUCUAACGAAGAGUCCUGUCAUCGAUUACAAAAUGCUCCCGUGGCACCUCCGGAGCUCACAUACGGUCCCAUUGCUGCCACCACCGAGGUGAUGGCUCAGACGCCGCUACACGAUAGCAAAGUGCGCCCAAGCGCCGAGCGCAAUGAUGCCACUCCUGCGGCCCGCAGUUCAUCUCCUAGACUGAGGCUAUUGCCCGAAUCACGACCAGAACAGGACCAAGACCACAAGAGCUACUCGCCCAGCGACACUGAGCCAGACCUCUUGGAGGCUGAAUCUGGAUCGCUACCCGGAGCUCGAAUAUCUCCUCCGUUCCCGUCGCAAGGUGCCCCGAUCCCCUCACGCCUCAGCAUGCAGUGCCCCUGCCAGUGCUCGGAGCUCUCAUCAGCAACUAUCGACAAGGCGUACUGCGCAGUUACCCAAAGGGCGCCGAGUAUCAGUACGCGGCAGUGA